UCGUACGCACUCUCUCUUUCUCUCUCUUCCCUCCGCGAUAUGCGUUCUGAGCGCGUGCGCGGUGCGGCAAAGUCUCCGUUCGGGGCGGGAGGAAUGCCGGAUAUCGCGCAGCUUGUCAAGCACCUGCCCACCCUCCUGAAGGUCGCUCAACAGAUCCCGGGCAUUUUUUUCGGAUUCGUGGUGACCAUCUUGAUCAUGCUCCUUUUCAUCGGAAAGAGGCGCUUCCAAGAGCAGAUUAUCCCUGUCGCUGGGUUUCAUAUCAUCAUGCUCUUCCUCAUGCGGGAGCUGCUAGUGGCGUGGCAAGUAGGUCGACAAAGGUUGGCGGCGGUGUGGCGUCAGAAAGAUAUCGAAAUAUCUUUGACAAAGGAUAUAGGAAUGCAAUACAAGGUCACCUUGGAUUAAUUGGUGACGCUUGGUAAUCCUCUUCCUUGCCCCCUCACAAAAAAAGAAGGUAAGAAGUUGUAGACGAAUGGAACCUCAUAUAUAUAUAUAUAUAUAUAUAAUACGCCUGUAUUGGACGGAAAAUAUACGUCAUGCGGGGGUGCAUGAAGUUGUGGUGGUGAUGAUCUAGUCUUCAUAAACGUAUGUACAGCAUUUCUUGCAUGAAUCAUAAAAAAAAAUGACGGAGACAAUUUUUUACACAAUUUUCAUCUUCUUCACUUUUGAAGGGUAAGAUUUAAAAACAGUGUAGGGUGCUAUCCAUCGCACUUUUUUUUAGGAACACUUAUAGACCCCUCCUUGUGAUACACUUUUUGACGAAUAGCUUCUUUUUAUAUGAUUGAUUCUUUCAUCAACUUCCAACGACAACUUUACGUGCCCGCAGGUCUCAUUUCCUUAUAAGUGUUCUUUCUGUGCAUCACCGCCCUCUAAAGUUGAUGCCGUCUUCUGCUCGUAGUCCGUAGCUGAGGUGGUGAGCACGACCGUUAGUGUGAGGGAAUACCUUCACCACCGAUGCGCUGUCGGUUUCGGAUGACGCUUCUUUGGCGGUUAUGCAGGUGUCGUGAUGGGAUAUCAAGCGGGGUAACGUGGAGGUGCAGCUCAACACCUCCCGUCCUCGGGCCGCCCGACGGGAGCUCUAAGUACGAGUGGACGGUUUUCUUCACUUCUUACCACGCCGCAAGAUAUGUUGAGGGCUACCCCUCGUCUGCAUGCGUAAUGAGCUUUUCUACGCGUGAGAUAGUGAGCGGAUCUCCUCCUCCGGUGGUGCAAAUCUCACCGCCUGGAGGUCUCCCCCGUGGGUAGGAGGAGGAAGUUCCUUACGAUGAGCAACCUUUCGUGCCGAUCCUGGAGGGGAGAUGCUCAUAUAACGAGAUAGGUAACCAUACUUCUUCUUUCUUUCUACUCUCUUAUGUGUCUUUCAAUGUGUGUUAUUUAUGUGGUUGGGAUUGGUGUUCUGCUUU